AUGGAUGAAAACACUACAGCGCUGAGAGUAUUCGAGACAGUACCCACCGGUGGUGAAAAUCAUGGUCUACAGGCAGACGCCGAUGCUGCAGACCGCCUAACUUCGGAAAAGAAGAUAUGUGAAGUGGAGAAGGAUCCCAAGGUUUUACUUGUUUUGAUUGCAGCUGGCUUGGCCACAGCACGUCCAGAACCACCACGUGACAGCUACAGCGCCCCACCCCCCAGCAGUUAUCAACCAUCGGCGCCCAGCGGCGGCUAUGGGCCACCACCGGUAUAUGGACCACCACAACAACCACCUGUGGUACAUAAGCAUGUCUAUGUGCAUGUGCCACCACCAGAACCAGAAUAUCAGGCACCAAGAAAACCCAUUGUCUUCCCACCACCACAGAAGCACUACAAAAUCGUUUUCAUUAAGGCGCCAUCACCACCAGCACCAACCGCACCAGUGAUUCCAGUUAUACCACAAAACGAAGAGAAGACACUGGUCUAUGUGUUGGUCAAGAAACCCGAAGAACAACCCGACAUCGUCAUUCCCACACCGGCACCAACACAACCCAGCAAACCCGAAGUUUACUUCAUUCGCUACAAGACACAAAAGGAAGAGACCGGCCCAUACCCGAACAGCAUUGCGCCACCACCAUCGGGCGAUUAUGGUGCACCAGCAGCGCCAUCGGCACCCUCAGCGCCCAGCUCAUCAUAUGGUGCACCAUCGCACUAA